AUGUCUGAGCGCAAGGUCCUCACUAAGUACUACCCGCCCGACUUCGAUCCAUCGGCGAUCGGGCGGACGCCAAAGCACCUGCGCAAAGCCGGUCCCAAAGUCAUCACCGUCCGCCUGAUGGCGCCCUUCCCCAUGAAAUGCACCAACUGCGGCGAAUACAUCUACCGAGGACGCAAGUUCAACGCCAGAAAGGAAAACUUGGAAGAAAAAUAUCUCAACAUCCCAAUCUACCGGUUUUACAUCCGAUGCACCCGCUGCAGCGGCGAGAUCACUUUUCGCACGGAUCCCAAGAAUAUGGACUAUGAAUGCGAGCGCGGUGCAAAGCGCAACUUCGAGCCAUGGCGGAACUCCAAAUCGGAGAAAUACAACGAAACCGAAGAAGAAACUCUCAAUCGACUCGAGCGUGAAGAGAACGAGGAGCAGGAACAGCUGGAACGUGACAAGAUGGCUGAACUAGAAGAGAAGAUGCAGGACUCGAAGCGUGAGAUGGCUAUUGCGGAUGCACUAGAUGAGAUCCGGACCCGAAAUGCGCGGAUCGAGCGCAACGAGUCGCGCGGUGACGAGACGGCUCUAGCACAUGUCGAGGAUCAGGUCGAUGAGGCGCAGCUGCAAGCCGAGAAAGAAGACGAGGAGGCGGCACGCAGGGCAUUUAUGACAUCGUCUGGGGAAAGAGUGAAGCGCAUUGUGGAGGAAGAGCCAACGACUGCGGCAACAGUGCCAGAUACCAAGGCGUCACAAGCAGCCGCGAUGCCCCCACCAACAGCAUCGUUUGCAAGAGUGAAGAAGGCUAAGAAACCUCCUAUCAAUAGUCUGGGGAUCAAGAAGAAGCCAUCCUUGAUAUAA